AUGGCCCAGCUGAAGCAACUUUCGAGCGCCAAGUGCUGUGGAGGACUUGUUCAGCGCUUCCAGCACUACAGCGAUGCGCUCUCAUGCGAGAUGAAGUUCUCUGUCUUCCUGCCCCCACAGGCGCAGGAGGGCCAGAAAGUGCCUGUUGUGUACUUUCUCUCAGGCCUCACCUGCACCGAUGAGAACUUCAUCACCAAGGCUGGCGCUCAGCGCGCUGCCGCCAAGCACGGCCUCGCUCUGAUCUGCCCCGACACCAGCCCUCGUGGUGUGGAGAUCGAGGGUGCCGACGCGUCGUGGGACUUUGGGUUCGGCGCGGGCUUCUACGUCAACGCCACGGAGCCCAAGUGGGCGAAGCACUUCCGUAUGUACGACUACGUGACCAAGGAGCUUCCCCAGCUCGUCAACGCCAACCUUCCCGUCGACCCCUCUCGCGUCUCCGUCUUCGGCCACAGCAUGGGGGGUCACGGAGCUCUCAUUUGUGCGCUCAAGAACCCGGGCAUGUACAAGUCUGUUUCCGCCUUUGCACCGAUCUGCCAUCCCGUGGACUGCCCCUGGGGUCUCAAGGCCUUCUCCGGCUACCUCGGAGAGAACAAGGACGCCUGGAAGGAAUACGAUGCCACCCACUUGGUGCAGAGCUAUUCCGGUCCUGCCCUUGAUAUUCUCAUCGACCAGGGCUCUGACGACAAGUUCCUGAAGGAGCAGCUGAAGCCUGAGGACUUCGAGGCUGCCGCCAAGGGCACCUCGCACAAGGUGCAGGUGCGCAUGCAGGAGGGCUACGACCACAGCUACUACUUCAUCUCCACGUUCAUUGAGGACCACCUCUCACACCACGCCGCGCACCUCAAUUGA